GGCACGUUUGGGAGUCCUCACUUCGAGAGGGUAGUAGCCGGCUAGGGGAGCGCGGUGGCAGCGAUCCACCUUAGUCUGAGCUCGAAAGGGAGCGACUCAGAGACCAGGGUGGGCUACUUUAUUUUUCUUCCGGGCCUUUUGAUUUUUCUUGUCUUUCGCUUUGGGCCGAGUGUCGCUCACUGAGAACUGAGAUAUCCUUGCCAAAACCCUGAGCGACCCUUCCGUCGAUUUCUGGGGCUCGGGGUCGCCGGCUGCUGCAAGCGCCUCGGACGCGCAGGCUAGGAGAGCAAAGCGCAUCGCAGGAGGGGAUCCGGAGCUCGCUUGACCGUUUGUCCCACAGCGGGUCUCCUCGCGCAGGACGCGCGCGAUGAAGGCGGUGAGCCCGGUGCGCCCCUCGGGCCGAAAGGCGCCGUCGGGCUGCGGCGGCGGGGAGCUGGCGCUACGCUGCCUGGCUGAGCAUGGCCACAGCUUGGGUGGCUCGGCGGCGGCGGCCGCCGCCGCCGCGGCAGCGCGCUGCAAGGCAGCCGAGGCUGCGGCCGACGAGCCGGCGCUGUGCCUGCAGUGCGAUAUGAACGACUGCUACAGCCGCCUGCGGAGGCUCGUGCCCACCAUCCCGCCCAACAAGAAAGUCAGCAAAGUGGAGAUCCUGCAGCACGUUAUCGACUACAUCCUGGACCUGCAGCUGGCGCUGGAGACGCACCCUGCUCUGCUGAGACAGCCGCCACCGCCCGCGCCACAGCUCCACCCGGCCGGGGCUUGUCCAGCUGCGCCUCCGCGGACCCCGCUCACUGCGCUCAACACGGACCCGGCCGGCGCCGUGAACAAGCAGGGCGACAGCAUUCUUUGCCGCUGAGCCGCGCUGGCCAGGUGUGCGGCAGCCUGAGCACCAGCGAGCCAGGAGCCCUAGAAAGGGAGGGCCAGAGCAGAAAUUAAGAGGAAAAAGAAAAAAGUCUUCAGCAAAUCUAGAAACGUCUCGUCUCGUCAUUCCAAGAGAGAGAGGAAAAAUAAUAAUAAAACUUUCAUUCACUUUUAAUUUUUUGCACGUUCACAAGCUUUCUCCGUACGUAUUCUCUUUUGUUUCUUCUUUCAUAACCGCUGUGAAUUGUACAUUUCUGUGGUUAUUUUUGUCACCCUUUGGGAGGUGCAGUUAAACUUGGAAGUUUAAGUGUGACAGGACUGCGAAGUAGAAGACCAAUAGUGAAUCCAACUUUAGAGGCUACAUUGUGACGAGGGAACUUGUUUUUGUUUUUGAAGCUUUACUAAUAUACCAGAGCAUUGUAGAUACGUUGUUUUACAUCUAUUGUUUAAAAUAGAUGAUUAUAACAGGGCAGGGAACUUCUCUGCAAGAAUGUUACAUAUUGUAUAGAUAAGUGAGUGACAUUUCAUACCCUGUAUAUAUAGAGAUGUUCUAUAAAGUGUGAGAAAGUAUAUGCGCUUUAAUAGACUACUGUAAUUAUAAGAUAUUUUUAAUUAAAUAUUUUUUGUAAAUAUUAUGUGUGCGGUUUUUUUAAUCUAUGGGAAUAUUUCUUUUAGAAAAUUCUUUUCCAGCUCCCUUGCAGAGCUCUUAAUAUCUCAAAGUGUUUUGUUUGACCAGGCUGUUGAUUUGUUUUUGUUUUGCUCAGUAUCCAGUAUCUGAGGCUCGGAAGUUACAGCCCUAGGUACUGGUCUUGCAUGAUUGCAUGAGAUGUUUAAUCACAAAAUAAACUUGUUCUGAGUCCAUUCAGAUGUGUUUUCUUUAACCUAGACAGAAACCUUUGUAUCUGAAGUGUACAUGUUGAAAACAUACCAUAUCAAUUUUUAAGUACAGGGUUUUAUAGUGUAAUAUAUAAAGAAUUGUGUGUGAGCUUUUUUUCUUUUUGAACUGAGAUCAAAAAAUAGGUUCCGUGUGAUUUUGCAUAUAGGAUGGAAAAAUGCUUGGCUCUUUAAGGAGUCCACAGAAUCUGCUCUUAUCAAAGUGAAAAUGCUUGUCGUUCUUCAUUUUACACUAAAGCAUAAUGUCAUGAAGUUUCGUAUCUGUACAGAUUAUUUAAGUCAUAGAAAUGAAAAAUGUUCUCUGCUUGCUACCAAAGGACAAACUCUUGGAAAUGGACAUUUUCUGCCCUCCUUUCUCCAAAGAAUAUUACUAGGCAUCAGUAGAAGAGGGAAGACAAGAGCAAAAUGGAAAAUCCUUCAAGCAGGGAUAAAAGUCGAUCUUCAAACAUUAACUUACGUAGACCAAAAAUUCUGAUGACCACAUCUAGAUUAUUUUUUUAUAAAAAUGAUUUUCACUAUAGUGAUGUCAGUUACCACUAAGCUCCUGUCCAAUUUCAUGUGAUGUGUAACUUUUACAUGUGAAAAUUAAAAGUAGAUUUAUCUGUCUUGUACUGUGA